UUUAUCUUUUGUAAAAAAUUGUACCUUUCGUUUAUUUAUUUGUUUGUUUGUUAGCAAAAACACAAAAAUUAUAAAUCAAAAAAAAAGCUAUAAAACAGAAAAAUGAGUGCUUUAGCUUAAGAUAAUCUAAGUAUUUCUCCAAAAAGUUUAUAAUAAUUCAAUGAAGAAACUCUUUAAGAUGAAGAUAGUAACAGCGAAAUGUAUCCAGCUGCUCCCAUUUCUUUAAUCAAAAAAAAGAUUUCAAAACCAGAUUCAUAGAAGCAAAAAAAAUCUGAAAGACAAAAUAACCAAAUAAAAAGGGUUAUUUUUGGGGUUAAUUCAAUCAAUAACUAUCUAAGCAUUGAAUAAUAUACAAGCUUUUUUGAUCUGUCGAUAUAAAAAUUGGUCCCUUCUCAAAAAUUGUUUUUUUUAGCAGGCGACAUGAUAGCUGAAAUGAAAGGAGUUGAAAAUGAAGAUAGAAUUUAGCUUUAUAAAUAUCAUAGAAACCACAUAUACAUUGAAAAGACUAAAAAAGGAGUUUCGUUUGAAAUUGAAAGCUUUCGCCCUUUAAAAGAUUUCUCACAACCUAUUUAUUACUUAGAAAAUCUCUAAGAUAAAGAUUCAUAUGAGUUUGCUUAAUACUUAAAAAAACAUUAAUAAGUAAUUUUUAAAAUUAGCUCAUAACUUUAAGAAAUUUAGAACUUUUAUCUGAAUGGGAUAGAGGAUUUGCAAUAUAUCAUAAAAGAAAGAUCUGAAUUUAUUAAAGAAUAAAGAAGAAAGCUCAUUGAAGAGUUUUGUUCUGAUGAUGACUUUUGCCUUGUUACAACUGAGAGCUUAUCAUUUGAAAACUAAACAAAAUCUAUUUCAAACCGCUUUAUGUCUAAGCCAUUAAUUGCACUAGUAGGAGGUAAUUAUGAUGACACUUGUUAUGAAUUUCUUAAAUAUGGAAGUUUGAAGGUUUUAGAUGAAAAUACAAGGAAUAAAAUGGAUGAGUUUUGUAUUAAAGCUACUUAAGAAGGAUUUGAUCAAUAUGAACUUUAAAUUGAUGACUUUCAGCUUAAUACUAUUGAUAAUAUAAAAAUUACUUGCAAAACUCGAAUUAGGCGCUUUAAUAUUAAUUAUCCUAAGCAUUUAUAAUUUUAAUAUUUCCCUGACUUAAAUAAAAUUGAAAAAUUCAUCCUUGUUCACCAUGAAAUUAAUUUUAAAAUAAUUUAAGAUGUACUAAAAAUAAGAUAGUAAAUGGCUGCAAAUGCUCCAUAAAAUCAACCAUUUCCUCAUAACUAUGAUUAUAAUGGGUUUAUUGAUUAUGAUAAAUUUUAGCAAAGUAUGCAAAGUUAAAUUUUUCUAGAAAAAUUUUAUUAGAAGGAAAUGGAUGAUUUAAAUAAAUAAAUAGAUUAACCCUAACAAAGUAGUUCAUCAUAAUAAACCAUUUAACUUAAUACUUAAUGA